GUUUGCAACAAAAGCAACAAAAGACAUAAUCAAGCAGAGAGAGAAGGAUUGGAACAGACAGAAGGUGUGAGAGAGAGGAAAGGCAAGCAGGACUGACAGAGAGCAAGAACUUAGGAGAAACUGGCUGGGGCAUUAAGAGAAAGAUUGAAGGUGUCAGCUGAGAGACAUACGUGGUGUUAAAGGAGAGAGGCUCUGAGAGGGGUCUGAACAGAGAGAUGGGACAAGUGUGCCUGUGGAUCAUGGUGACUGUACUAGGACUCUGUGUAUCAGAAGCUGUCACUGCUGCUAGAAGCCAUGGGCGUAGACCACCAAAAGAAAACCCUAUCGACAAGAUUCCUGCAGUAGUGGACCUCGACCUGACUAAGAUCAGUGGAAAAUGGUUCCUUGUGAGCGUUGCCUCCAAGUGCCAGUACCUCCUAGAGAACAACUUACGAGUGGAGAGCACCACUGUCACCCUGACUGCUGACACCUCCCCUACCUCCCCACUAUCGGUCAGCACACUCAGGAAGCUUAAUAUGCAGUGUUGGGAAAUUAGGCAGGAAUAUCUGUCCACCAAGACCAGUGGCCGCUUUCUACUCAAAAGUCGUAAUAAAAUGGCGAAUGACAUUGACAUCAUCGUUGGAGAGACUGACUAUAACUCUUAUGCCAUCUUGUACUACCAGAAACGUGGGAAGAUCUCCAUUAAACUCUAUGGGAGGUCUGAGAGACUUCAGGCCCACAUCCUUGACAAGUUUGAGCUGCUAGCUGAAAAGCAGAACUUAGGAAUUGACUUUGUUUUCCCCUUUCCGAAAUAUGGUUUCUGCCAGUUUGCGGAUGAAAAGCACAUUCUCUACCCAUAACUAGGUGAAUGAGAGAUAUCGGAUGCACAGAAAGGAACACAUCAACGCAACAAGAAUGCUGCUAUUACACACCUUGACCUGUGCUGUUCAUAUCGUAUGUGUUUAACCAGCAAAGGCCUGUGCUGUUCAUAUCCUAUGUGUUUACCCAGUAGAGACCUGUGCUUUUCAUAUCCUAUGUGCUUACCCAGUAAAGACCUGUGCUGUUCAUAGCCUGUGUGUUUACCCAGUAAAGACCUGUGCUGUUCAUAUCCUGUGUUUACCCAGUAGAGACCUGUGCUGUUCAUAUCCUAUGAGCUUACCCAGUAAAGACCUGUGCUGUUCAUAGCCUGUGUGUUUACCCAGUAAAGACCUGUGCUGUUCAUAGCCUGUGUGUUUACCCAGUAAAGACUUGUGCUGUUCAUAUCCUGUGUGUUUACCCAGUAAAGACAUGUGCUGUUCAUAUCA